AUGUCAGCAAGGGCGUUGGAUUUAUUAGCACUUGGAGAUGAUCAAGAAUCAUUUAUAUUAGAUAUAGGUUGCGGCUCAGGACUUAGUGGUGAGAUAAUCUCCGAAAGAGGACAUCAUUGGGUUGGUAUUGACAUCAAGGUGGCGCAAGAGGACCGUGAAGUGGAUGAAGAUCUGAUACUGAAGGAUAUCGGUACUGGACUGCCGUUCCGGGCAGGCACAUUUGAUGGUGCUAUCAGUAUCUCAGCAAUUCAGUGGCUGUGUCAUGCAAACGCCAAUUGUGAAAAUCCACGAAAACGAUUGUUACGAUUCUUUCAGUCUCUAUACGCUUGCUUGGGUCGUGGGACGCGUGCGGUAUUCCAGUUCUAUCCAGAGAAUGCGGAUCAAAGUGAACUGAUCAGCAAUCAAGCAAUGCGUGCUGGCUUCAAUGGUGGUCUUGUUGUCGAUUAUCCCAAUAGUGCCAAGGCCAAAAAAAUUUAUUUGGUACUAAUGACUGGUGGAGUGCAGCAAUUACCCAGAGCAUUGAUAAGUGGAAAUGAUACCUCUUCACAAGUUUCAAACAUCGCUCGGAGAGGGUUUUCAGUAGGUAGAAGUGAGGGAAACAAGCGAAUUAAAGGGUCGAAAGAGUGGAUCGAAGCAAAGAAGGAACGCGCCAGAAAGCAAGGAAAGUGA